UAUGAUCAACAAAGCUGUUACUAUAGCGCCUGGAGGAAUAUAAGUAACAGAGAAACCCUCACAGACUGCAGGUUUCCUCUGCAGAUUCUCAACAUCAACAGCAGGAAUCUAUCAUCAUGAGGGAGUGCCUCUCUAUUCAUGUCGGCCAGGCUGGCGUCCAGAUGGGCAAUGCAUGCUGGGAGCUCUACUGUCUGGAGCAUGGCAUCCAGCCGGACGGUCAGAUGCCCAGUGACAAGACCAUCGGAGGAGGAGACGACUCCUUCAACACCUUCUUCAGUGAGACUGGAGCUGGAAAACAUGUUCCCAGAGCUGUGUUUGUGGACCUGGAACCAACAGUCAUUGAUGAGGUCCGUACAGGAACCUACCGUCAGCUCUUUCAUCCUGAACAACUGAUCACUGGGAAAGAAGAUGCAGCCAACAACUACGCUCGUGGUCACUACACCAUCGGAAAGGAGAUCAUUGACCUGGUUCUGGACAGGAUUCGAAAACUGGCCGACCAGUGCACAGGCCUCCAGGGUUUCCUCAUCUUCCACUCCUUUGGAGGAGGAACCGGCUCCGGCUUCACCUCUCUGCUGAUGGAGCGCCUCUCUGUCGACUACGGCAAGAAAUCCAAGCUGGAGUUUGCGGUUUAUCCGGCUCCUCAGGUGUCCACAGCCGUGGUGGAGCCCUACAACUCCAUCCUGACCACCCACACCACCCUGGAGCACUCCGACUGCGCCUUCAUGGUGGACAACGAGGCCAUCUACGACAUCUGCCGUAGGAACCUGGACAUCGAGCGUCCCACCUACACCAACCUGAACAGGCUGAUUGGACAGAUCGUCUCCUCCAUCACCGCCUCCCUGCGCUUCGACGGAGCCUUGAACGUGGACCUGACGGAGUUCCAGACCAACCUGGUGCCCUACCCUCGUAUCCACUUCCCCCUGGUCACCUACGCCCCGGUUAUCUCUGCAGAGAAGGCCUACCAUGAGCAGCUUUCCGUGGCUGACAUCACCAAUGCCUGCUUCGAGCCAGCCAACCAGAUGGUGAAAUGUGACCCUCGUCACGGCAAGUAUAUGGCCUGUUGUCUGCUGUACCGUGGAGACGUGGUGCCCAAAGAAGUGAACGCUGCCAUCGUCACCAUCAAGACCAAGCGCACCAUCCAAUUUGUGGACUGGUGUCCAACUGGCUUCAAGGUGGGCAUCAACUACCAGCCUCCCACUGUGGUUCCUGGAGGAGACCUGGCCAAGGUGCAGAGGGCCGUGUGCAUGCUGAGCAACACCACCGCCAUCGCCGAGGCCUGGGCCCGACUGGACCACAAGUUCGACCUGAUGUACGCCAAGAGGGCCUUCGUCCACUGGUACGUUGGAGAGGGGAUGGAGGAGGGAGAGUUCUCAGAGGCCAGGGAGGACAUGGCUGCUCUGGAGAAGGACUACGAGGAGGUGGGAACCGACAGCAUCGGUGAUGAAGGAGAGGAAGAGGGGGAGGAGUAUUAAGUUUGAAAUAAAACAAACCAACUCUUACUGCAUUCCUUUUAGGCAUCAAAACUACAUUGAAGAUUUCAGAUGCUCUCAGAUAAUCUGAAUGAGCACUUUGAGGUUUGCUUUUGUGUUCAUGGUUUGUGAUGUUUGAAGGGUUAAAAGAAGAGGGGGAGGCAUUUUAAGCGCUUCAAGACAUUAUUGUAUUUCAGCUGUCAUAACCGCAACAGUAUCAUGUAUUGAUCUGACACAAAACAAGAAUACUCUGUGGAAAAUAAAGCAAGCUAGAAUUUG